CCUAAUUUCUAUGCAUCUCUCCCCUCUGAGACAUAUCCUAAUCUCAGGAACCAUGCACUCAAAAUGGCAACCAUCUUUGGCAGCACUUAUGUCUGUGAACAGACUUUUUCCAGAAUUAAACAUCUAAAAUCUCCAACCAGAUCUAGACUAACUGAUGCACACUUGCAUCACUUGUUACGACUAGCAGUGACAAACAUGGAAAUGGACAUUGACCAUCUCAUUAGCCAAAAGCAGGCCCAUAGUUCCCAUUGAAAUACUGACAGUGGCCAUGGCUGAACUAUUUAAAGAAGGAAGCAAGUGUCCUGCCUGCUUAUCUUACCUUGAAAACCCCGUGUACCUAAAUUGUGGCUACAUCUGCUGCUUCCGAUGCAUCGGCUCACUCCAGAAGGAACCCCGUGGGGAAGGUGUCUCAUGCCCUUUCUGUUCUGUGGUCUCUCAGAAGAAUGACGUCAGGCUCCAUCACCUGCUGAAGAGGAUGGUUUCCAAAGUCAAGAAAUUAGAGCUCCAGCUGAGAGCAAUUCUACACCAGAACCCAAGGAUACUGAAGUUCUGCGUGGACAUGGCUGGACUGUUACAAGAAGCAAGCAAAUGCCCCAUGUGCUCAGCCUAUCUUGAAAAGCCAAUAUACAUGGAAUGUGGAUGCAUCUUCUGCCUUAACUGCAUCUAUUCACUGCAGAUAGAGCCACAUGGGGAGGAUUUAGUUUGCUAUUUGUGCCCCAUGAUCUCUCGGAAAAACAACCUCAGGCCCAACUGGCAGCUGGGAAAGCUGGUUUCCAAGAUCAAGGAGCUGGAACCCCAUCUGACAACUAUUCUACAGAUGAACCCAAGGAUGCAGAAAUUCCAAGUGGAUGUGACCUUGGAUAUUGACACAGCCAACAAGUUCCUCCUCAUUUCUGAUGAUCUCAGGAGUGUCUGCUGUGUGUGCAUCAAAGAGAGUCGACAGGACGUUGCUGAGAGAUUGCAGUUGCCACUUUGUGUCCUGGGUACCCCUCACUUCACUUCUGGCUGCCAUUACUGGCAGGUGGAUGUGGGAAUGAGCGCACAAUGGGACCUGGGAGUUUGUAAAGAAUCUGUUCAGUGGAAAGGAAAGAUCCAACUGACUACAGAUCUUGGAUUCUGGACUGUGAGUCUGAAGGCUGGAGGCUACUCGUUUGCCAACACAAUGCCUCAGACUGCCCUCUGCUCAGAUACCAAGAUCGAGUACAUAGGAUUCAUGCUUUUCCAUUCCUGUGAUGCUUCGCUAAGAAUGAUGUAUUCCACCUCCAUCCAGACCACUCACUCUGGAGGAGGCCCACCAUCAAGUCAUGAGAACCUUCAAUCAAAUAGCGUGUGCGCAGGCCCGUUGGGGGAGGAACUGAAGCCUCCGAGAACUCACCAGUGUGUGAGUGAGUGA